CAUUCCCACACUCGCCGGUCACGAAAUGAAAUUUAUUGAAAUCUUUAUUCCGAAAGCAUAGGAUUUGGAGGUUUAUUCAAUAAGUGAUCUUCUUUGCGCACAAGCUUACUCCAUUUCUUAGAGGUACAGUCAAAGUUUUCGCGUUAUAAAAGCCAUAAUCUGUGCCAAGGCUUUAUCUGGCGAUUCAUGUUAUUGGCGCUCAAGAAAGUCAGAUCGACCGCGGCUGAAUUGUAGCGUUACUGCAGCUACUUUGCAGCGUUUGAAAGUCGGCAACUGCGCUGCAAAACCGCUGCCGAGAGCUUCAAAGAGCCUUUAAAGGCUGCACAGCGCUUUUGCAUCCCGCUGCAACUUGAAUGAAGCUGCUGUUUGGCUUCUAAAAGGCUGCUGAACAGCUGUAAUUUAGCUGUACAGCUAUUUUGCAGCGAUUUUGUGGCGCUGUACAGCGCUGCAAGUUUCGUACGGGAUAGGCAGAUCAAACAGUAAGAACUGUAUUAAUUAUCUUUUAAAACAGUUUUAGGAGUGCUUGUGGUAAUGGUUUACUCUGCAUUUGGUAAGACCUUGACUCUCACCCUCGAAGCUCAUGUGCGUAAUAUUGCUUAUCAGGCUUAUGCACAACUCUUUCAAUAGUUUACCCUCCCCCUUGAGGGAGUUUUCAACACUUUGAUUUUUAAGGGCAAAUCGGUGCGUUUCCAACAGCGUAUGAAGGUUUUAUUCGCAAAUUGGUUUUUUAAGGUCUUUUUAAAAGUGCAAUGUAGCAAAUUGUUUAUUUGUAUGCUUGGUAGCCAGGCCUUUGACUUGAGAGUUGGUAGCGGGGGUGGGGGCGAUUCGGGGUGAAAGUUUGAGAUUUUGGGAGAUGAAGUUGAUGAUAAGAACUAGAAGGGAGAUCCGUUUUGGGAUUUCGUGUUCAAUAUAUUUGCAAAAUCCGAAAUCCGGAUUGCAAAAUCUAAAUCCGGACUUCCCAAUCUAAUGCAACCCUAGAGUUUGUCCCUGAAGAAACAAGAUUGCUGAUUGCUGAUGAAGAUGAUCAUUUUUUUUCAGAUCAAAUGGGUCCUGCAGAUGUGUCAAGACUUCAACAGCCAGGAUUUUGAACUUAUUAUCUGUGGCAUUGUAAGUGCUGUAUGUAUUGCUAUAUAUUCAAGCUCCUGAGUGAACCAGAUAAACUAAACUGCAGGUACAGCUUGUUCAAAGUAAGAUUGAGGCAUGGCUUUGUGACUUUUGGGGGGAAUAUACCUGGCCUAAUUUAACACAAAACUCAAAACUUUUUUGAAUUUAAUGUAUCUGUAAAAUAAAAGAUGGAAGGAAAAAAAUAUUUUUGAGUGACUUGAAUUCUUCUUGAUUUCUGUCACUAUGUGACAAGCUGUUUCUUGUUUACCACUGAGAAUUAAGACAGAGAUUCAACAAAAUUUUCAGACUCAAAGGAAGAAUAUAAAACAUUUAUGUUUAUUGCUCAAUUUUUUGCUCAUAUAUCUAUACUUAAGCGAAUGUGUCUUUUGAUCUUUUAAUGCAAGACAGCUAAAAUCUCUAGGACUGUUUGAGGUAAAAGAGUACAUUUUUCAGAUUCAAAUUCAGUAUGGAUUUAAUUCUUGAUUGAUGGCAUCAAGUUCAUUAAGUUGUUUUUUAACUUGCUUAAUAUUUAGGUUCAAAUGAUAAUAUGCUGUUAAAAUUAAGUCUUUAAAGUUUUUCUGACAAAUAGCAAUUUGUCCUGGAGUAGUAGACACAAUCUGCUUUGAACAAGUUGUGCCACAUUGUUAAAUAACGAGUAUGUAAUACUAGGUUCUGGUUUAGUAUAGUUUGGAAAUGUACGUGAUAUUUUUUGAGUGGAUUGAUCAUGAUUUAUUGACUGACUGAAAGUUUUCGGAGUGGUCAGUUUAAUUCAUUUAACUAAUUGACCAACUCACUAACUGAUUAACUGGUCAACUGUCUGGCUGAUUUUCUGACUAACUGUCUGAUUGACUGAUUCCCUAACUGUCAAACUAAGUGACUGUUUGACUGACUGACUGACUGACUGACUGGCUGACUUACUAAUUGAUUCACUGACUGACUAAAUUGAUGACUUACAGUUGGCUGACCAACUAACUGGCUGACUUUAAUAUUGAUGGACUCCCUGACUGUCUAGCUGGCUUGCUGACUGAGUGGCUGACUGGCUUGCUGACUGACUGACUUGCUGAGUGACUGACUGGCUGACUAUUUCAGUGACUGGCUAAAUGGCUGAGUUUUUUGACUGCCUGACUGACUGACUGAUUGUCUCCAACUGACUGACAGAAUGGCUGACCUGCUAAAUGCCUGCCUUAUUGACUAACUGAAUAUAACUGACUGGCUGACAUGUUGAGUGAGUGACUGAUUGACUAACUAAGUGACUCAUUGAUAGACUGACAAACUGGCUUACUGACUGAGCUGCUGACUGACUGACCUAUCGACUGACUGAUAUGGAGUAGCGGUAUGGACUUGGAGUAGGGACAUAAUCUGCUUUGAACAAGCUGUUCCACAUAAUGUUAGGUAAUAAGUAUAUAAUGCCAAAUUCUGCUUUGAUUCCUAAAUUUUCAAGAGUGUACUGAUUUAUUGAGUGACUGACAACUUCUGGAUCUUGCCUAAUUUGUGCACCCCUCGGUCGACAUAUCAGUCUAUUACAAAAUAUUGACUGAAAAGUGACCCAUGUGUUGUUUGAUAAUAUUGACCGACAUAUCGGUUAUAUUGGUUGAUUGAGUUUCGGUCAAUAUGUCGGCCGAUUUUGGUUGUCCGAUUGUUGGCGGAAAUGUUGAUUGAUAGGCUACUGACAUUCCGCUGAUACUUCACUAAUACUUGAGUACUCGGUGGACUGUAGCCUGUGUUGCAGACGUAGUUUAACUUAGGUUAGAAACGUCUGUGGAGGAGCAGCGUAGAUAUCCCUGUUCUGCCUCCCGCUUCUCAGAGGCUUCUUUGUGUUAUUGUUGUACAUCACUGUCUCAAAUUGGGUGCGGUCACCUCUCUUCAGCUUGGAACAAAAUUCCCUUCUUUUAAGUAACAUGGCGAAUCGGGAUAAUCGCGAAAAUGUUUAAAAGGAUGGUGUGCAGCUUAGCAUAGGUCACUUAGUCAGUAACUACUGACUGCCUUAUGGUACAUACCGGUAGAAUAGUCAGACUAAACUUAAACUGGAAAAAGAUCAUAGUUCAAUCGUUACAGUUUAUAAAUCCAAAGUGAAAAUUUCCAAUGAUGUGUAGGCAAUAAUGCCGUAAUUUCCAGCAAUCUUCCACAAUCAAAGGCAAUGCCACAAGGCAAAGAUUGAGACCUUGCAAAUCUAUGACAUCAAGGAAACAUCAAUAAUAUUAAGAUGGCAGUAUGAAAAAUAAAUACACGUUUCCCAUACUAGAGAACUUCGAAAAUAAAUAGACUAGUUUAAUUUGUAGACUAGUAGUUUCCAUUGGCCGAUGAAGUGCUGCAAGUUGAGGGCGUGACAGUCAAGUACAAUUCUACACUUAUAAACACAUCUAUGACGCAUAUGUCAUGUCAGAUGGCUAGUUGAAGUUGCGUCUAGUAGUUGAAGGUUAAAAAUCAUUGAUAUAUCAAGUAUUUAUAAAGUGUAACAGGACUUUGCAUCUUAAAAACUACGGAAACCUAUCAAUUAAAUACAUACAACAAAGUAAAUCUGCCAUGUCAAAUCUAUUUAACUGUAGAGUUCCAGUACUUGCGUCAAUAUUGUGAGAAACGUAAUGCCUCAAUACAGCACAAAACAGGAUUUCCUCUGCUAUAAUAUUUUCACAUCUGACUACACGUGCAUGAAUGCACGAAAAUCAAGGGUGAUUCGGGGAAAAUUAUAUCAUUGCCAUCAUUUUGAGGGCCACUAGUUAUUCAGUAGUGUCCAGUGUUACCCUCGUUAAAUAAAGUUGAUUAUUAUUAUUAUUAUUAUUGCCAAAAAGCCAUACUAGAACGUGAUCAACCACACCCAUCACCUCAAUCAUUGCCAAAAAUAAACCACAUGCUCUUCACGAGUCUCAUUUGCAUACAAUGAAAGUCAUCAUGAUACUUAUUCCCAGUUUCCACGCUCGCCGCUAAGAAUGCCUGGGACCACAACCAUCGUUUUGUGUACUAUAUAUGAAGAUAAAAAAACAGCUUGCAGAUUAUGAGUCUCAAAAAAAUAACAGUGGGCUUAAGCCAUACUCUUGUCGUAUGCCUUUGUUACAUAAGAAAUUCUCAGUCAUUGUGUUUUGGUUAACUUUCACACAACUCCAACUAAUCUGCUGACUGACUGAUUGACUGGUGUCUGACUUGCUGACUGACUUACUGACUUCUCUGCUUACCAACUUACUGACAAAUUGACUGGCUGACUGACUGACUGACUGUGGCUGAUAGACAGUGCUUGACUUUCUGGUUAGCUCAUUGACUAAUUGACUUGACUGGCUAGCUGAUAUACUGAGAUUCAUGCUAAGAAAAGGCAUUAAUUUUAAUGCCUUCAUGAUGUUAAUCAAGAUUACUGCGAUUGGUGAUCAAAAUGACUGAUUUUUCAUUUCAGAUCAGUUUUGUCCUGCAGAUGUGUGUCAAGACGUCAACAGCCAGGAUUUUGAGGUUAUCUUCAGUUCUGUAAGUGCUUUAUAGACUGCUUUGUAAUCCUGCUAUUGAGUGAACCAGAUAAACUGACGUUGUGCAGCUUGUUUGAAGUAAGAUAGACAUACAGUUUCAUCAAGUUUUAGUGGCCAUACCUGGCUGAAUUUAACACAAAUUCAAAACUGUUUCAAAUUUGAUGUCUCUGUAUUAAUGAGAGAUACAUGUCUAAAUAUAAUAGACAUGUGUAAGAAAAACACUACUUGAGUGACUAGGCUUCUUGCUGUUGUUAAUAUUUGGCAAGCUGUUUCUUGUUUACUGUUGAGAAGACAGAGAUUAUUAACAAUUUUCAAACUCAAAGGAAGAAUAGAAAACAGAUUUUUAAAUGUAUUUAUUGAAAUCAAAUGACUGUUUGUUUUGAUUUUUCAUGAAGGACAGCUAAAUUAAACCUCUAGGACAGUUUGAGGCCAGAGUGUACAGUUCUUUCCAACAAGUAGCACGUGUGGAAAUGAGACUUAAGAAAUUGUUCAUUUUCAAAUUCACUUUGACAUUAUUUUGUAUUAUUGGCAUUAUGAUAGUAUUAAGCGCUUUAGGUUUUUUUCUUUCUAGUGUAAUUGUUUCAAAUAAUCACAUGCACACAGUUAAAAUCAAAUCUUAAAAUAAUUAGAGUUUUUUCUGACAAUUUAAUGCCAAUUCAUAUGCGAUCUGCUUUGAACAAGCUGUUCUGCAAUGUUUGUAUAAUAAUGCCAAGUUCUUCUUUUAAUCAUUUAUUAUAGUUCUGCAAUCUACAUGUUGCCAUUUGAGUGGACUGAUGUAUUGACUGUUUGACCUUUUUCUUGGAUGAGUGGUCUUUAGCUGAUUGACCAACUGACUAAAUGUGUGACUAGCUGACUAAUUGAAUGACUGUCUUGGUGUUUACAUGACUGACUACCUGACUUAUUGACAGACUGUCUUUAGAACUGUCUUAUUAACCAACUAACUGCAGAUUAUGUUACUGAUUAACUGAUGGAUUAACUGAUUAAUUAACUGACUGAUGGACUGACUGACUUUUUUGGCGACUGACUGACUCAUUGACUAACAAAAUGGCUGACUUGUUUUUGACUGACUGACGACACUGUAAUUGACUGACUUACUAAUUUACUUACUGAAUGACUGACUUAAAGUUGACUGACAAACUGGAAAACUGACUGACUGAUUAGCUGACUUGCUUUUCUGACUGCGUGGAUGGCUUCUUGCCAGUUGAGUGGCUGUCAAUUUGACUAGUUUACUGAUGGAUGGGCUGAUUGACUGACUGACUGGCUAACAUGUUGAUGGCUGACUCACUGACUCAUUGAUUGACUUGUUGAGUAACUGACUGAUUUAUUGACCUAAUGACUAGUUAACUGACUGGCAGACUGACUGACCAAGUAACAUAAUGACUAACUGACCGGCCACCUGACUGACAGACUGACAAAUUAACUUAGUAACAGUUACUAACUGACUGAGUGAGCAACUGACUUACGUCUAACAAGUAACUGACUGACUUACAAACUGACAAACUGAGUAACUGACCUCCUGACUGACUGACUCAGGACUAACUGAGAAACUGCUUUACUAACGGAGAAAAUAGCUAAGUGACUGUCUGACAUAAAAACUGAACAACUGACUGACAGAGAAACUGACUAAUUUACUUACUAAUCAGCUGACUAAAAUUAAUAACUGAGCAACUCAGUAACUGGCUAACUGUCUAACUGGCCGACUUACUGAGCAAAUUAGUUACUGGCUAACUGUCUAACUUACUCACUGACUGAGUAACUAACUUACUGGCUGAUUGUUUGAGUGACUGACAGACUGGCUGACAGAAUGACAGAUUGAAUAACUGACAGAAUGACAGACUGAUUGAACACCUUAUCAAGUGUCUGACUAACCUCAAGAAAUAAACCAACUGGCUGACUGAGCUGAAAAAGCAAUUGACUGGCUAGUCCUCUGACUGACAGACUGUCUGAUCAACUGACUGAGUUAUUGAGUAAGGAGGGGAGGGUAAUGUUAUCAAAGGAGGAGUGCCAUUUGUUAGUACGGUCAAGGGGUGGGUAAUCAUACAGCAUGUGCUAAAAUUUAAUUAUUCCAACAUGGUUGCUCACUGGUACUCAUGAAAUGUGAUGCAGUCAAACCUUUUUAAUAUGGGCGCUAAGGAAGUGUCCGUAUUAACAGGUUGUCUGUAUCAAGCAGGUUGAAUUAAGAGAAAGUGUAACAGCUUUCUUUCCCUAGGGACAAAGCAAACUGUCUGUAAUAAUAAGCUUUCUGAACUAAGCAGGCAUCUGUAAGACAAGGUUUGAAUGUAAUGGGAAAUUGGUCUGUUCUGAAAACAACUGAUGUGCUUUAUUGAAUACUUUAAACUUUUGUUUCCAGAUCAGAUGCCACAGCAACACUGGACAAGGACCUUCAUGAGCCAAGAGCCUCUGUUAUCUUCAAUACUGUAAGUGCUGUACUUGUAUGUUUUGUGUUUUCAUCCAGCUCUUAAGUGAACCAGAUAAACAAAACUGUUUGGUUAAAAGUUUCAUCAAGUUAUACCAUUUUCCUUAAAUUCUUUCAUUUGACAGUUAUUUCACCAUCUAGUGUACCACAGUUGGGAGAUAAGAAUUUUAUCAAUAUUUAAUAACUGUUUCCGAUAAAACAGAAAAAUUGAAAAAAUAAACGUUUUGUAAAUAAAAUGUAAAAUAAAAGAGAAUAAUUCCAAAAUAAGUAAAACCAACCUGUAAGUCCUGGUAACCCUGUAACCACUAGUAAUAGCCCCCUUCAACCAGCUGUAACCCUCCGUAUAUGUAUAGUAACCUCUUGUAUUCUCUUGUGACCCCUUGAACCAUUAUAAACCCCUUUAACCCCCUGUAAUUCCUUGUUAUCCCUUAUAACCCUCAUUAAUGAAAAAGAAGAGUCAGACUGGUUUACAAAUUGCAGCAACAAAUUAAAAAAAGAAAUUUUGCCUUUAAGGGUAAUUAAUAAUGAUAUUGAUGCUCAACUGCAUAAGUGACUGACUGACCAAGAAACUGACCAAGUCACCGACUAACUGAGGAACUGAAUUACUGCCUGACUAACAGACAGAGCAACUGAGUAACUGACUGGGUGACUGACUGAACCAAGCAAUGUACUGACUAACUGACUAGCAAUGUGACUGACAGACUGACAAAUCAACAUUACUAAGUGACUAACUAACUGAGUGAGUGAGCAACUGACUUACUAACUGAGGAACUAGCUAAGUGACUGUCUGACUUACUUACUGACCAACUGACUGAUUGACUGACUGAUCAACUGAUUAAUUUGCUUUGCUAACCAUUUUGCCUGACUGACUGAGCAACUAAGUUACUGGCUGACUGUCUACUUGAAAGGAGAAUAUUACCAUCUUCCCAGCAUGCCUUGUGCCUAUUAUGGGGUGAUUUUUCUGGUCUGUGAGAUGGAAACAUGAAUUUUAUCUAAAGUUUUGCGGAUAGGAUACAGCAGUAAAGUAGGUCUUAGCGUAAUGUCGCAUUUUUCAUUAGGAGUCGAUUUAGAAUUGAGACAGAAAUCCACUUGAUUAUACUUUAUACAUUAUAAAGAACCCAACUGACUCGUUUUGACUCAUAAAUGUGGAGUAUUUUUUUUAUGAUGAGAGACAACCUCCCGUUGUGCGCGAAGUGUAUUUGGUAAUAUUUUCAGCAAGUUUCCAGUGAAAAAGCAUUAAUUUACUCUUUCAUAUAUUCAGACCGGAGAUUACUGUAUCUGUAGUUACUGUUUCACGGCAGUAGAGUUGGAAGUCAACAGUGUUUGAAGCUGUGAAAGGUGCAUACAUGUCAGUUUAUACACCAGCUCAGAAAGAGAUAUCUUGAGUUUCUCACAGCCAGACUCUUUGAUACCUUUGAUUUUCAAUGCAUAUUUUACUACAAAUUGCAUAGACAGCGUUUGAGAAGUAUUAUUGAAUGUUUAUUUCAUCGCGGACCCCCGUAACAAGGGUAUCAGCUUUUAUUUACAAGCAGUCAAACAAUCUUAAUGGGGAAUCUAAUUGGUAAACAAAAUCUUAGACCUUAGAGGGGCAUCUGUAGCUAUCUUGUGAAAGUCUAUUGUGUGAUUGAUACAGUUUUUGUGGAGGAUAUUGGACUAUUUUGUGUAUCUCUCUUGUGCCCUUGUGUUUCCUGUGCUUCAGCUCUUUUAAAUGAGUCACACGCUGGGAUUCGGCUGUUGAUAAUAUAGGUUGAAGACAAUGCAUGACAGGAAGAUGGUAAUAAAAUCCUCCUUUGUCUGCUUAUAACUGACUGACCGCCUGAUGGAAUGACUGAUUAUAUAACUGACUGAAUGACUGAUUGAAUGAGCAACUUACAGUACCAAGAUACUGACUAGGACUGACUGACUGACUGACUGCGCAACUGCAUAUCUGACCGGCUGACAGAAUGACUGAUCGAGCAACUGACUGAAUGACUGACUAAACUGAGUAACUUACCAAGCAACUGACUUAGGAACUGACUGGGGUCCACAAAGCAGGGGUCAAUUAAAACUUUUACAAGUGUAUCCAUUGUUUAGAGUCUGUAUUAAUCACACUCUGAACAAAUAAACUUCUUUACUCCAUUCCAAUGAAAUUCAAUUUACUGUUUUCUCAUUCAGAGGUUUCUGAUAACUACAAUUAAACCAGAAGAAAGCUAUACAUAAUCAAACCGAAUGAUAAAUACAAAACAAAGAAAAUUAAUGUACAGAGAGAAAAACCUUAAUAAAUAAACUAAAGGAUUUUAAACUACACGCACACCUGUUGGUAGCAAAACUGUCCAUAAUAAUAAGCUAUCCGAACUAAGCGGGCGUUUGUAAUCUAACUAAGGUUUGAAUGUAAUGUGAAAUUGGUCUGUUCUGAAAAUAACUGAUGAACUUCACUGAAUAUUUUAAACUUUUGUUUUCAGAUCAGAUGCCACAGAAAGACUUGACAAGGACUUUCACGAGCAAAGAGCCUCUGUUAUCUUCAGUACUGUAUGUGCUCUAUGUUUUGCUUUGUAAUCCAGCUCUUGAGUGAACCAGAGAAACAGGAUUGUUGGCCAGGUGAUUUCAAAGUUUGAUUAAGCUAAUCCAGGGAAAGCUGUCGUAACAUAGUUAUAUUGUACCUAAUUCCUUCAUUUCACAGUUAUUUCACCAUCAAGUGUACCACUUUUGGGAGUAGAAGUUUAUCAAAUUAUCUUACCUUUUCUAGUAAAACAACAACAACAGCAGCGGCAAUAAAAACUAUAAAAAAACAAAAAUGUGCAAAAUAAAAUGCGACAUAAACGAGCAAAAUUCCAAAAUAAAAUUAAAUCAAGUACAGUUGUUCAGCUUGGUCAACAUUAUUAUGGUGAAAAUAAAAAUUGGACUCAGGAUCAUCCAAUUGAGUGUAGUGCUGAACAGCUACAGCUGUCGGGGAUUUAGUGACUGGCAUUUCAAAAGUGUAUAAAAGAAAUCAACAGGGUUGAACAAAUAUUUUAUUAUUGACUUUUGAAUAAAUAAUAUCGGUACUUCAAGACCAAGCAAAUAAAAUCAUUAUUUUUAAGGGAUGCAUUCAGCAUUUCUGUUGAACUUUGUAUGAAUCAUUCAUUUUACGUUAUAUAAAUGCUUGUGAUCGCUAGUUUUAUGUCUGCAGGGAAUCACAAUACAAAGACAGCUGAAACACACUGAAAUCUUUUUGGUUUUAAUAACAAAAAUAAUUUGAUUGAUGUGACUGAAAAGAGAUAAUGCACUUGUUGGCGAAGUACCGAUAAUCAGAAGACUUAAAUGCAAAAACCAUGGUCAUUAAAAGUUUUCUCCUGGAUUAGCAUUUAUCAACUUUCUUCCACUGUGUCACAACAUUUAAGCCAGUAGCCAAGUUCUGCUGAUAUAAUAAUAAUAAUAAUAAUAAUAACAAUAAUAAUAAUAAUAGUAAUAAUAACAAUAAUAAUAAUAAUAAUAAUAAUAAUAAUAACAAUAUUAAUAAUAAUAAUAAUUAUUAUUAUUAUGAGGUUGUUAUUAUAGUACAGUACCUGUUAGUGCAGAUAUGCAAUCCAUAUUGUACCCUUCAAAUUUCUUACCAAAUUGAUCUAUUCAAAUGACUAUCUGACUUAAUAAAUUUUGCUCAUGCGUUCCUGACAUUUAAAUUAUUACCUGUAUUCACUAUUCACUUUCAAACCUUCAAAAUAAUAAGUAAUUUGAAAACUUUGCUUUAAAGUGUGAAACUAACAGUUCAAAUUGAACUGUGAAUAUUCACAGGAGAGCCAUAUGAGCUGUCGUGUGAUUGAUCCUUGAUUUGAAUUUAUAAGAAAUGUGUGGAAACGUUGAGAAAUAUAUUUCUGGCCAUUGUGUAUUAUUGUUCUUUUAUGUGUGAAGGGCAACUUUAUACUUUUUUAGUGCCCUUGCAUUGGAUAUUACAAUGUAACCUUAAUAUACUAAAAUCAAUAUUGUUGACUAUACUAGUGAAUAUAUUCAUCUUAGUUUUGUUGUGUUUUCUAAAUAAUUGCCAGAAAUAAUCAAGUCAGGGGGAGCAAGGUGUACUAAUGCCAAUUUUGUAUCUGUAUAACAAUUUAUGAUCAAUUUCGGCAAAGUUUUCACGUUGUUACGAGUUUAUGACACCAAAGCAUAUUAUCUGAUUGUUAUUUAUUAUUCUGUAGACAUCUUAUAACAUGCUUCUCAAAGUUGUAAAGGACUUGGUAGGAGAUGAACAAAGUAUAAGGUAAAAACAACUGUAAUUGUUGCAACCUAGUAACACAAAGACUGGAAUCAUACCUCUAGGGCGUGGUUGUCUUACACCCCCCUGUAAUGUUGGCUCCCAUCCUUUUUGUUCCCACUUUAUCAUGGGGUGACAACCUCAUCAGCACCUUAAGUACAUUUGGUUUUUUGCCCCUAAUUAAACUUGCUGUAAUAAUAAACAAAUUAUUUGUUUAUAUAAUUUUGAGGUUAAUGAACAUCUUAAAUAUAUUCAGUUUUGUUUCACUGAGAAAAAAAAUUUCUAAGUAUGCUCCACCUUAAAAGGUUAUUCUUUUUUAAGAGGUAUUUGUUUACAAUAAAAUGCAAAAAUUCCUAUAAAAAGGCCUAAUGAUCAUAAAUAUUUUUUGGCAGUGGUAUGCUACUAAACACAAAAAUUCUUGUGUGCUCUGGUGAUGUAUCCUUUUUAAUGCUGUUUGUACUACCAAGUACCCUGCGGGCAGAGUCUCCUUCUUCCUUUCCCUUCCCAACUUAUCUAGGAAGAUCGAAGGAGACUCUGCUCGCAGGGUAACUACAGUGGAACCCCGUUAAUGCCACCACCGUUGGGCCAUAAAAUACUGGUCGUAAUAACAAGGUGGUCGCAUUGACGGGGUCCUCAAAAUAAUCAAAUGACUCAAUGGUUUUUACGUUUGGUUUGAAAGAAUAUGGCCGUAAUAACGAGGUGGUCUUAUAAACGGGGUGGUCGUAAGGCGGGGUUCCACUGUACCAAGAAGACCAUAGAGUUUAAUACUGUCACCCAUUUACUCUUGGAUAUUUUACCAAAAAUUGCCUUUUGAUGCCAUUCUAGCUGUUUUCUGGUCACUGUCUGGCUACAAUGAGCAAAAACUGGCAUUUAUAAGUCAAACACUUCAGGGACUUCUGUUCCACAUCAAUACAAAUUAUUAGCUAUUCUGAAGUUCCACCAUGCGCAGAAGCAAAAUUUCAACAUAGCAUUUGGGUUUAAAAGUGACACUGCAGACUUUACUUAUAAAUGGGUCUCGAUUUAAAGUCUGAGUAUCCUAAUUUAUAAGUGGUCAGAUUCAUUACAUAUUUAGGUGGGAUAUUGUAACAACUGAAUUUCACUUACCAAUGACAUGAAGACAAACAUCAUAAUUUUUGUAAAACAAUAUACCCCAAAAUGCCUUAACUAUAGCAAAGCUCAAUAACCGUUUAUUUGGCCAGUGGAGUUUUAGAACUCUUAAUCUUGCUGCUCCAAGAAUACAAGAGUUUACAACAAACGAACCUAUAGAUGUUGUGGUAAGUCUUUUUAUAAGUACAGUGGUAUUUGGUACUCACACGACACAGACAGUUGCUUUAUAGUUACACUCUAUUGAGUACGCAUACUAUAUUGUAAAAAAUACAGUGAAACUGCUUGUUCAGGCACCUUUCUUUCACAGACACUGUCCAAAUAUAAACACCUCCCUAUUAUAGACAGUUCUCUUGCUCGCAAUAAUACUAAACUUCAUGCAAUGCUAUCUCUCUAAUAUUCAGACACCUCAGUUAUGCAGACACUUGGCUCUUUCCCUUUUGUGUAGAUGUACUAGGGCGUUUCUCAAAGUUUUAACUGUCCAUAAGCCGUCCAUGAGUUGCAGGCAGUGAAUGAAGUAGUCUGUUUUAUGCUUGAUUCAUGGACAUGCAAAAAAAUUUAUCUAAAAAUUAAGAGAGUCCUCCUCUGCAAGCAGGUUAAGUCCACCCCUCAUAUACUACUAAAUAAAUGUUCUAGACAAUUUCCUAACAAUCGUUUUAGUUUUAGAUCUUUUCCAUACAAUUUGACUUCAGAACGGUUUACACCCUAAUCCUCAGUCAUAACAUCCAACUCAAUCAUCUUUAAUUUCCUUGAAAUGUAAGUCAGAACCAGCUUUAUACUUGUAUAUUGCAUGUGUCAGGGACACCCAACAAGAAUAUAGUUCAAAACCUCUUAAACAUAGCAUUGUUAACUGUAUUUUAGUAUUUAAAAGAUAGAUAUAGGCAUAUUUUUAUGUCCUAAAAUUUUCUCAUCUGUUCGGAUUUCCUAGCUGAAAGUCUAGUGUUCCGAAAAUUACAGGGAUCACAACUUACCUUUUCGAAAAUUUCAGCGGAAAAAAGGCUCCCGAAAAUUCUAGGUGACCUUUUUAGGGUAAAAAUCUGUUAAAAAUGGGCAAUUAUACCAUUUUUUGGCUGAUCGAAAAUCCUAGGAGGGGCAGGCAAGUAAGAAAUUUUACAACAGAUGCUCUGAAAAUUCUAGAUCUCAAAUCAUCUUCCGAACAGAUAUUUUCCGAAAACUAACGUCGGGUACCCCUGAUGUGUUCUUAUUUCCAAACAGUUUUGUGUUUGAUGUCUUGAUCACAAGUGAUCUGACAAGUAUGGCUGCUAUGGUUUUUCACGUUAUUCACCAGAAAGCUACCCAAACUUACUCCAGCUUUUUCAUCUGCAUGUACUAAACUAUACUUUACAUUUCCCAUGCUGGUUAUGUCAGUUAUCUACAAUCUACUACCUGUAACUUCAAGUAAUGUUUCAUGAGAAAGACUUAUUGUUUAGAAUCUCUGUAAUCGUUUCCAAUUUGUUCCAGGUUGUAGAAGCCCUUUCACUUGUUCUUAAGUUAGCAGAAUAUUUGGCAAAGCUUCCAAAGGUUAGUGUUGACCUGACAAUAAGACAGACAGUUCAUAACCAAUUACACGGAAUUGAAUAAUUUUCUUAUUUUUAUUAGAUAAAACCUGAUAUGAUACUGAAGCAAAGGUCAAAUAUAAGGCUAUACCCUGCAUCCAAUUUGACAAUUUAUAUUCAACAAAUUCAGUAAAUUCAACAAGUUUAUCGACUUGUUUUUUCUUACAGAUCAGUUUGACAAACACCAUGGAUCAAUUACCAGAAAAAGUACCUGAUCUUUUAGUAAGACAAGGUAUUGUAAUUUUAGUUAAUUGAAACGGUUAGAAUGGGGAUAAAUUGAAGCAUUAUAAGGAUGGAAUAGCUCACAGUUCAUCCAAUUUGUUUCCGUAGAGACCAGAGUUAACAAUGCAUUGCUAUUUCCAAGUCAAGCAAUUGAUUCUUUCUCAUUGUUUGAUUGAUUAAGCACGAUUUCCUGACUAUACACCAGAAAGGUCGGCAGCCUUGCAAAUAUUACAAUCUUAGAAUUUUUAUCAUAAAGUGGCCGAUUCUCCCCCAGUCCCCUCCCCUCACCUGCAUCCCAACCCGCCUCGCAUUUUGGUCUUUAUUAGAUUUCUCUUUAUUUUUAUUCGCAUUUUUUAACCAAUGGAAACGGUUGAUCCGUCUAUGGAGCGAGGUUGUGCUCUUGCCGCAAUUGACGGUAACCUCUCUGGGAUUUUUGGAUCUGCCUCGUUUUUGGGGUUGGUACAAGCAGCAAAGCUUCUUGCAAUGGUGGUUGGAAAACCUUUGCAUUAUAAUUUGCUCUUUGAAGCACUGAUAACACAUCAACUACACUAAACCAGCAGUUGUAAAAGCUAUCCACUUUUUACAGGCAGCCUUCUCUAGACAGUUUGGGAGAUCGUUAAUAUAUUUAAGAAAAAUUAUCGGGCCUAAAAUGGAACCUUGAAGAACUCCACAAGUGCUUUGUUUAUAUGGCCGUCGACCAUGCUCUUCUGGCUUCGAUUGCUUUAAUACGACUCAAAUUACUUUAUAGAGUGGUUUUCCGUUUGAGUCCACGAUGUUGUACGUACAACGAACACUUUUUCUGUACUUUAACUCCGCACGGAUUUGAUCGAAUACGUUUUGAAUUCUCAAGACCUUAACACACCGUCAGGAUACCUUAAAAGAUAUACAACACCAAUAGACAUUGUCCUGGACAGUGGUAUGAGGAUUUUUUAUCUUCUAGUAAUUUAACUUAAUGUCCUUAAGCUACGUUGGUAUUAAGGCGUGAUGCUUUGGUGUCGGACAAAUCGUCGGCCGAAUCCGGUCCGACGAAGCUUUUCGCGCGGGUCCUUAGAAAGACUUGACCGAAAUCAGAAACCAAGCAUGAAAAGUCUCUGGCACCCAGGGUACGUUGGCAAAAACCUAGAGAUGAAAUCUAUAUACACGUACGUAGUGGUCAAAUGGAAAUUUUGGGGUUGAGCUACAAACCUGAAGGUCAUUAAGAACUUUGAAGAAACAAAACAGCUGGUCACUUUGCCCAUAUAGUCGAUGGAAUAGGUUGUCUUUUCAGGUAUUGUGCUUUCUGAAGUGGAUUUUUUCAUCCCUCUGUGUAGCCUGCGUGCUUCUCCGUUUUUUCUUUUCACGUUUUUCUCCCCCUCCCCUCCCCCCUUUUUUGUGCCUGCCACGCAGGCUACACUCUGUGCUUUCUUGAAAUUGUUGUAGGCAACUGCACACGCUGGUGAUGUGUGACUUCAUUAAACUAGGAAGUGUAGAAGUCAUGAACAUGAUGCAAGGGGAGGGGAGGGGGGAAAACACGAAAAGGGAAAUUCCGCUUCUUUUUUCCCACCACUUUUGACGCCUGUCUCACCGGCUAAUUGUCGUCUAACGAAAAGCGGGGACCGCGGAACAGUUUUUUUUAAAGUGUGUGGGGUGGGGCUACAGUUUUGGUGUCCCUUCCCUCUACAGGGGCGUAGCCAGGAUUUUUGAAGGGGGGGGGGGGUCAGAAGCUACUCACCGCUGCUCUCCCUCAUGUAUCAGCGGGAUCAGUCGUAUUAUCGCGGCAUGAAGGCCCAUAUUAACUAAAGACAAGAGCCGUUGACGAAUAUACUUUACAAAAAACCAAAUUUUAAAAAGUGGGAUUUUCAACAAUGGCUUUUACGGCCAAGAUAUUGUCAUGGCGUUUUCGCCACCUGAAUAUUGUAGGUUGUUUGCUCAAAAGAAGGCCUACCAAGGGAGGGUCACGGGCACCCCAGGAGCCCCCCCUAGCUACGCCCCUGCUCUAAACAAUGUUACCCUUGUUUGAUAGAAAAAAAUGUUGUCCCUGUUACCUUAUUGCAUCGUAGUAACUUAUUAAUAUAAAUUGAUUUAUUGUAAGAGCUAACUCAAAGUUGUUUUUACUGUAUUUUCUUUUUCAACAGAAAUGGCCUGGCCCAUGCAGACAAAGCUUUUUCCUUUAAGUUAG